UUAUCCAUUGAUCUCAACUCUUGUCGAAAAAUAUCUCUACGCAAAAUGGUUACGAAUUGUUGCGUUUGCGGAGUGGAAAAGGGAUCUUCGAGGGACCUCGACUACUCGUUUCACAGGUUUCCGACGAACGAGGAUUUGAAGUUGAAGUGGUGCGAGGCUAUACGGAAGAGCAUGUAUCGUUCCGCGCAAGUGUGCAGCAAGCACUUUAAGGCGGAGGAUUAUAAAAACUGCGACAAUGUCUAUUUAAUAAGGAAAAGAUUAAAGCCCUCCGCGGUUCCCAGUGUACAUAUUACACCGCGGGCGAAAUUAGAGCCCGUUAAGAGUUUCACGUCCGACACUGAAGAUAUUUCAACGGAGAAUAAGAAUAACGAACGGUUGCAAGUUGAUGUAUCAAGUACAUCGGCAAGUAUCGAUGAUCCGAUGAGUAAAAGAACUCUCGAUGCUAAAGCAACGGUAUGCUCUACUGCUAAGCAAGCAGAGGGGAGGAAAAUUAAAAAUUGCACCUUGAAAUCGCUAAACAAGCAACGAUAUCAAAACAAUAUCUUAGGAAUCGUGAGAAAAGAGGAUUUCAUAAACGAAAAUGCAUGGUUAAGAUUUCAAAAAUAUAUCGAUGCGAUUAACAAACGACAUAAGUUUAUGUUGUGCAAGAAUAAGAAACUUGAGCAUGAAAUAUGCUUUUUUAAGGAGCUUUUGAAGCUACAAUUGUCUAACGUAGAAGUAUAGAAGCGAGUUAAGAGGAUAAUAUUUUUGCAAGUUUCUUAGAAAUUAAUGGCGAAUCCAGUGCACACUGGUGCAAACAACCGAAUUCGCGAUUAACAUCAGAUUAAUUGACUAAGGCCAAUAUUCAUAGUCAAAUCUUAUGUUCAAGAUCGUCUUAACAUCAUCUUUAGACACUCCGUAGUCAAUAAAAAAUGUUCCAUUCAGCAUCUUGGAUAAAUUCACGAUGGUCUUGAAUAUAAGAUCUGCCUAAGAAUACCGGACUAAAACGUAAAGUGUGAAAUAAAAAGCUGUUCAUAAUCCUUGAGGCUCAAGCUCAUGAGAAAUACUUGAGUAAUUUAUGCACCAGUUGUGCAUACAGAUGGUGUGCAAUAUGAUGAUAGAGCACGCGUAAAUACUAAUUUAUGCUGAUGUUAUAGCAACACGAAUUUUGUAUCUAACGAAAAAAUAUAGAUUUUAAUUUAUUAAUAGUUGAAAAA